CCAUAAGGAAUCUAUCAUUUAACGUUCCGAAAGCAAUAGAAAUAUAGCGACAAUAUUUACCUAAAAGAAACUUUCAAUGGUUAGAGGCCAAAGUUUCAUCUUAUUUUAGGAAUGACAAGAUUUGCUUUCCACGUAAAACGUUUGUAAAGAAGAAUCGUUGCAAUUUGUGUUUGCCAAGCCAUCGUGUCGUCUUAGUCCGCGUUUGGGAUAACCGGUCAUUGUUUCCGUAUGAUAGAACUCUUGAUGAAAGUUGGAACAAAUAUCUUUUAAACAAGAAGCAUUUAUAGCUGACAAUUAUAUUUGAGGAAGUUAAUUUGUGGCGUCGAUGGACAUUGUGUAAAAUAUGCCUGUUUUGUAAAUGCAAAUAUCCAAUGAAGACUUACUCUUAAGCCAAGGAUGCUUAUAUAAAAAUUUUAUUGCAAAAACUUUGAUUCAAAGGUUUUAUCAUGACAAAGACAGUCAGAAAUUAAACAAUUUUCAGCCACACUUACUUUGUUCAGACUGUGUAGUGUGUUUCGUGUGGAAUCUUUCAAGAACCAUGCAUGAAUUUGAGACAUUUUAUCAAUUUCUUAGACAACGAAACGUGACCUCAGAAAAAAUGUCUGCAAGUAAAAUUGCUGAAUCUGAUUCUGGUGCUGAAGACGACAUUCUUCCAGUAGAAAAGUCUAAGCAAGGUAAAGUUCAUUCAACUCGAAGAAAAUUCAAGCUUCCAAAUGACAAGCAGAAGAAACCACGAAGACACAACACCGAUGAUCCUGCUCGUGAGUGUAUAAGAAUUAAGAUAUAUUCUGGAAUAUCCGAGGAUUUUGACCUUGAACUUAUACCUGCAUUGAAAGGAAAAACUCUAAAGGAUUCACUGGAGCCAAUUCUGGAAAAAUACAACAUCACAUUUGAUAGUCAUUCAUUAUUUCUUGAUUCUUCAAACACACCUCUGCCUCUUGCUUUUGAAACGUUUCCUCUCAGUGGCAGUAUCCUUCACGUCCGCGAUCACUCAAAUGUUGACAAAAGAGUAAAAGAUAUUUCUCAAAAGUUUGAAUUACGAAAUGCGCCUGAAAAUCCUGUUUCAAGAACUCCAUCAUUUGGUAAGAAAAAAGAAGACGCAACGCUGAAACAAGACGAAAAAGAUGUAGAGAAACAAGGUAAAAAAUUCAUAAUGGAUAAUGAUAUGAACGCAACAAACAGCAGUAAUUCAACAGUAUUCCAAAAAAGAAAACCUACAGGAACAUUUGCUGGCAAUCCAACUAUACUUAAAGGGAAAAUUGAACAAGUUCUACCUCGCUUAUUACAAUAUUACUCUGAAAAUGGUUUGGAGAAUGAUUCAAAAGCUAACAACUCAAACCAACAACAGUUUUAUAUGGAAAAUUCUUGGAGUGAUAUCGUUGAAAACUAUGAGAAUCUGAGUAAAAAUGUUCGUGAUCAACAAGAAGCAAUUUGGGAGCUACUAACCACUGAGAUUGCCUAUAUUAACAAACUUCAGGUUAUCAAAAAGAUAUUUAUUUUAUGCCUGCGGAACAUCCAAAAUGAAGGUUAUCUAAAUGAGAUUGAUCUCACAAACUUAUUCAGUAAUGUCGAAGAGAUUUAUGCUGUAAAUGUGUCGUUUUGGUUGAAUUCGUUGAAACCAGUCAUAAAUAUGGCAAGACAUACAAAACAGUUAUUGAAUUCACUCGACAUGGCAGAUGGUUUUGCCACGUUUGACAGUCAAUUCGAGCCUUAUCUUAAGUAUUGUAUGGAGGAAUCGAGCUGUACCAAAUAUUUCAAACAAAAACAGUCGCAAGACGAAUAUUUUAGACUUUAUGUUGAGUGGUGCGAGAGCAGACCAGAAUGUAAACGUUUAAAACUCAGUGAUCUUCUUGUUAAACCAAUGCAAAGAUUGACAAAAUACCCAUUAUUGUUGAAAGCAAUAUUAAAGAAAACUUCGGAUGAAGAAAAACGAAAGGAAAUAUCAACAAUGAUUUUAACGGUACAAAAGUUUGUUAGUAAAGUUGAUAGUAGUAUGAAAGUUCGACAGGAAAAAGAGAUUUUAAGUAAAACUUCACUAAAAAUUGAAAGUUAUUGGCCUGUUGAUCCUGUCACUGACGAAGUUGAAAAGCUUCUUGUUGAUAAUUAUUGUGACUUUGAUUUGUUGCGAGUAAUGCCUGGUGCAUCAGUUGAUCAACAUAGAUGUUUGUUAUAUCAUGGACCUUUAAGAUUGUACGACAAACAAGGACGGAUGGAUCUUCAUAUAUUUCUCUUCACCGACAUAAUUCUCUUAACAAAAGGGAAAAAAACGGAAAAGUUCAAGAUUGUGAAACCGCCCAUGCGUGUAGACAAAGUGCGCAUACAUCCUUUGAAAGAUCCUGGCAUGUUUUUAAUGGUUUAUUUAAACGAAUAUUACAUCAUGGUUACUGCUUAUGUACUUCAAGCACCUUCUUCUGACGCACUAACAAAAUGGACGGAAAAAAUAGAGAAAGCAAAGGCUUUGUUUCAAGCUGUUCUUCACAAUGAUGGCUCCAGAGUCCUAACGUCUGAUGAUGCUGAUCUCCAAUCGACACCCAUUCAAUCUCCAAAACACAAAAGAAAUUCCACAAAAAAUUCACCUGAUUUCCUCGAAGUAAAAAAUCCAUCGUCGUCUUUAGGAUCUCCAAGAUUACGUCGUCAUUUGUCUGGUUCUGAAGGAAACCUUUCUCUUGCUGGUCUUUCGGAGAAAUCUAGUAGUUUAUCUAGGCGUUCGUCAUGCAACGAACAUAAAACAAGAAACAGACCGGAAGUCAUUAAUCGUCGAGAACGAUCCGACAGUAAGAUCAUGCGGUCGACAUCUGACCCACAUAAGACUCCACGUGAUGACGUUCUUCAUUCAGGUAGGUUAUCGCGGUCAUCUUCAGCCAAACAACCGAACACUUAUACAGGAGAAAAGAACCUGUUCAAAGAAACCUCCUUCGACGUCAACUCUCGACCAACAACAGCCAUUUCUGAAUUUGAACUAUUGGAGAGUGUGGAUACGGAUCAAAUACAUAUGUCACUAUCUUCCGAAGGCGAAAAUCUUUCCGAGGUUACACCGAGUGACGUUACGAAUGAUGUCAAAGCUAAACAGAAAGUAUUACGUGGACAAAAGUUGAGUGAGGCAACAGGAGACAAUUCUGUAAAAGGAAAUACAAGGCGAAUGGCACGAAGUCAUGGUGAACGAAAGCGUGUACCACGAAAUUCUUCCCUUGAUCGUUCAAAAAAAUUGAGUGAGCGUAAACUAUCGAUGGAUGCUGGGAAUAGUGAAUCUACUGUUAUGACGUCAGAUAUGAAAGAAGGACAUAAAUCAAAGAUUACGCGUUCCUUUUCCGGUAACAGACUAUUGCCUGAUCCGAAUAACCUCUCUAACAAACCGAGAAAUCUUCCGAAGACAGACGAGAAUGUGUUUGUUGAUGGAGCUCAAUACAAUGAAGAUUUAUCACUUGACGGAGCAGAGAGUUCACGAUCUAGUCACCAGGCUCCACCUAUUAAAGCUCCUUUGAUCACAAACCUUCCUGUUUCAAGAAAUGGAAGUAAUGGCGCCGAUGUUUCUCGAAAACGUGCUCAGUUACCAAAGCGUUCUCCUGUGCUGCCUAAAAAGUCCAGUGAUGUCUUGAGAAAAUCUAUGGAUGAUCAACUUCUAGAACCUAGGUCUUCUCCUCCACUUCGCCGUGCUAGAAGCGAGGCUGACACUCCUGUUGAUGCUUUAAUGUCCAAGUCAAGACAUGCAAGCAUUAUUGACAACGUCAUGCCUGACGAUUGUUCAAAUGAUCUUCAAAAUAUUCCAAACGAAUCCAUGAACUCCGAGAGUGCAUCUGAAAAGGUUCUCAUGCGUUCUCGGCGACAACUGAUGGAUUCUGAUCAAUCAAAAAUAAUGAGCGGAGAAUUGAAGAGAAACAGGAGUGGAUUGUACUGUGAAGAUGAUUCAUUGAAUGAAAACUGUAUUUCACAGCAAGAUACAACACGUACAAACUCCAAAGAUAAUCAUCGUAAACAAAUAAAGAAACAUCGUGAUCGAGAUAUGAAAAAGCUCGCUGAAAAAGAGUUGAACGAGAAGAAACAUGAUGAAAGAAGAGACUCCUCAGAGUAUGUGUGAAAAUUGAAGAUUGAUUUAAAGUUGAAUAGAAAGGAAACAUUUGUGUAUGGUUGUGUUGCUUUUAUUCUUUACUAUGCAAACUAUGUUAUUCAACGUCCAAAAGAGAAAUUUUCCCAUUGUUUCAGUUAUAACCACUAAAGUAAUGUAAUACAAAAAAAUAUUUAUGAUUAAUAAUUUGGUUAAUUUAUUUAAACCAUUUCAUACACGAUAUAUGGUUGUUGAAUUAUUUUCUUGUAAACAUAAGAUUUUUUAUGAUUUUUAUUUUUAUAUAUAAAAUUAUAAUCGUGGAAAAGUUUGCUUGGUCUGGCAGGACUUUUGCACCAGCACACAUUCCCAAUAUCAAUUGUGAUAUUGUGAUCAUUGCAGUUUUUUUGUGUUGGUAAUGUUCAAAUUCUGUCUGUCUCCUUGAACUCCUCAAAGGAAUUUCCCCAAGUCCGUCAAGAAUGGCACUGAGCAUAGAGUUGUUAAAGACAUGUAAAGGAUUCAUUAUCAUGUGGUGAUGUUGUGGAAAAUAAGCCUUAGUUUCAUAUUUGUGUAACAUUAAAAUAAAAAAGCAGUAAAAAUAAAAAGUCACUAUGAUUCAACUUUUA